CCUCAUCCUCCACUGCGCCAUCGCUGCUCCCGCUCGUGCCUCCUGCUCUUCUGUGACACCUCUUUCCUCUGCGUCACCCAUCGGUGUCCAGAGCCUGUCCAUCGGCCGGUCUCAGGCCUGACACCGUCUGAAGGCUCGCCUGCGAAAGGCGGCACGGAGCAGCGAGCGAGCGAGCGAAGUCUGCAGCACCCUUCAAGCCACCGGCCAUGUCCGCCUUCGCGCCCUUCUCGCUCAUCGAGGCAACGCCGCACCUCAACGAGGCGCUGCACAGCAUCCACCAGGCAGCGCUCGACUUCAGCUCUCCCGAUGCUGUUGUGCGUGCGCGCGGCGAGGCCACGUUUCUGGCGCUCCGUGUGAGCGAGGGCGCGUGCGACUAUGCUGUCUUUGCACUUGAGCACUCGUCCGAUCCCUUCGUGCUCUUUCAGUCCUUCAACCUGAUCCUCGCCGCGCUGCCUUCGCUGCCGGCAGCGCAGCCGCGGCCGAGCAUUGCGCACCUCUCCACGCUGCUCGACUUUCUCUUGCGCGUGGCCGUGCACCGAGGCGCCGAGGCUGAGCGCGCUGCCGAUGCCGGUACCAAGGGCCCCGCCGGCGCCCGCAGCAGCGGGCCGUGGCCGACAUAUGUGCGCUCGCGUGCAUACCAGGUCGUGGCUGCCGUCGCAAAGCGCAUCCUGGGCCUGGCCAUGAGCUCAGCGCUCGCAUCGGGCGGGCCCGAGGCGGCACACUCAGCCGCGCGCGAGCAGCUCUCGGGGCUGGGACAGCAGAUCGCGGCCCUGCUCGUCGUGCCGAGCCCAUGGCCAAGCGAUCAGCUGGAGGCAGCAGUCAGCACUGCUCGUGUCGUUGCCGCGCUCGGCAUCUCCGGCGCCUUGGUGGACGAGAUGAGCCUCAGUAGCUCUGCAGGCGGCGCCGAAGCUCAAAGCGGGCGGUCGUCAAAGCAGGCUGGCAAACAGAGAGCGCUCGAGACGGGCAGUGCCGUCGGACUGAGCGCACUGGAGCACCGCUGGUGCAAGGCGGCCAUGCAGACGUAUCUUCUUCCGUCGCUGCUGCCUCUCGUCUUCCACCUGCUCGUCGACUGCCUCCCGUCAGGAGCUCAUGCAGCAUCUGGAACAAGCCUGUUCCGGCACGUUGUGCCGCUGCUCGAGCGCCUCAUGGGCUGGCAAUUCCUCCUCGUUGAGCCCUUCGCUGGCAUCUCCUACGAGACCGUCGACGUCGGGUCGCUUCUGCUCAAUGACGAGAGCGGCUCAGCAGCCAGUGGCGUCGAGGAUGGCCAGCGCAGCUUCAGUGCACACCCAGUGCCCCGCGACUUCCACGCGCUGCUGCUCAGCAGCGACAUCGUCAAGCUCUUGGCUGCUGCAUACCGGCAUGCGCUGCAGCUCGAGACCUCGGCAGAGCUCGAGGAUCGGCUCUUCUCUUCGAUUGCGACGCAUCGCUUGCGACAGACGAUCCUCACAGUCGCCAGCUUCGCUCCGGCGCCGGGCCACGCUCUCGACUUCGAGCACGAAGUCUCGCGCGCUGCCGCCUUCGUGUCUGUGCUCCAGGAGCUGCUUCAGGCAGAGUGCACUCCUUCGGCCGCUGAUGGUCACCGCCUUAUUAGCACGCGUGCCAAGGCCCUGCUCUUCCUCGCCACUGCGGUCAACGUCUUUCUCGGCUCUGUCGCUCCGCGAGUGCUGUGUGCCGCCUGCCGAGUGCAAGCGCAUGACGUUGGCGAGCUCGGUCCCUUCGUGGGCGCACUCGCCCAGCUCACAGGCACGAUCUUCGCAUUCGCGUUCCGGCGAGCAGGCCACUCGGACGAAGAAGAGGAGCUGGUGCCUCUGGCCGAAGAGUGCACGGACGCAGCGCUGAGGUGCUGGCUGACGCUGUGCACCUCGGUCGGCGGCGCACUGGAGCAGGGCGAGACCUCUGCUGAGAUGCAGACUCUGUGGCACGCCCUGACCGAGGCAGUGCGGCCAAACGUGGUCUCUCCCUACUUCGAAGGGCGACUCGCCGCCGCGCUUGCCGGCAGUGCCGAGGACGCAAUGUCGGAAGUCGGCGAGGAGGCUGGCAAGGAUCGCGACCUCUAUGCGGAUCAGCUCAUCACGCUGGCCGUCCUCGCUCGCUACGACGCAGCCGGCAGUCUCAACCAUCUCGUCCAUCUCGCAGACCCACUCUGCGCUACGCUCGCGUCGGUGGCCGACGGCUCAGCGCAGGUCGACGGCGAUGAGGCUCUGACGCGCCUCGCCGGGACCUGGGAGCAGGUGCACUGGCUGGCUCUCAUGGCGGGGCACGUGCUCGCAGACGAUGUGCGCGGCGAGACGCCGACAGUUCCCAGCGCCAUCACAGGCCUUGCUGCGCAGCACGGGCAUCCGGCUGCCCACCUCAUCACACGGCUUGGCGUCGAGCUGUUGCACAAGCUCACCUCGGCGGCCGCUAGCGCACCUGCCUCGCCGCAAGUCACAGAGACGCUGCUCUGGUUCAACGGCCGCUGGGCUGCCUCGUACCUCCUCGCUUCCGACGAGAAUCCGACUUCAGCUGCUCUGCAGCAGACCUUCAGCGGCGAGCCAGGCGAGCAGCUCCUAGCCUACCUGCUCCAGCUGCUGCGCGACAACCUCGAACGCUGGUUGUCGGACGCCGACGUGGUGCAGCAGGUAGCCGCUGUUCUCACAGCGCUGACACGCUCGUCCGGCCUCAAGACGCGCCUGCUCGCGAGGCCGGAGUUCGAGCGCAUUGUCGAGGCCGUCAUUCACGGGCUCGACGCGCUGCCGGCGAGCACGCACGGCUCUGUCAUUGCAGGUGUCGUGUCGUGCAUCUACGGCGCGGCCAGCGGAGAGGCCAGCAGUGCACAGCUGGCCGCUUCGUACUUCCAGCGCAUCACUGGCGCGAUCGAGCAGCGUCUCAGCGCCGUGCUACACCGGCCCGACUUUGCCGCCGUCAGCCAGCGCGGCGAGGUCCUCGCAAGUGUACUCACAGUGCUCGACAUGCUUGAAGGGCUGGCGCACAGCGCGCAGCCUUCGAGUGCGAAGGCCAUCUACGGGUUCGUUGCGCAGUUCUUCGACGCACUUGUCGGCCUGGUUGGGGCGUACAAGUCGCGGCCUGAGGUUGCCGUGGGCUUGCUUCGCGUUGUCAAAGCGCUGGCCGUCUCGCUCGAUCUCGACUUUGCCGAGCCGUCCAUCGUGGCGGGCAUCAAUAUCACGGUGUGGCGUCUCAUCGACGCCCUGGCGGCGGCUCCGGAAGCGCUGGCGCCUGUCGACACUGCCUCUGCACUCGAGGAAGACGCGCCCUUCGAGGGACUGCGCCUGACGCUGGAGCUCCUGAACGAGGCCAUGGUCUCGUCUGCAAAUGACGACGGCGAUCAGAGCUCGUGGCUCGCCUCUUCUCUCUCCGCCGAGCGCACGUCGGACGUGGCGCUUCACGGCUUCUCGACGGUGGUCCCGCUGCUGCAGAGCGACGCCUUGAGCGUGCCGGCCAUCCGCAGCGAGCUCGGCCGCCUCACGAGCAACAUCGCGGGCCGCUUCCCGCACCGCCUGCUCGGCCUAGGCCUCGUCGACGCGAACGGCUCUGGCGCGAGACUCGUCCAGAGCACCGUCAUUGCUCUCGACCUCGCCUUCUCGGCCAACGAUAGUCUUGUCGCCCUUGGUGCGCUUGAGGGCGUGGUCACACUGGCUGACGCUGCUGCCUCGAUGCUCGAAUACGCACCCGGCGCGCAGGUGGAGCUCGUCGUCGGCGCGCUCGAUCAUCUGAUCGUCUCGCUGCUGCGCUCGCUGCUGCUCGAGGCGCUCGAGUCCUCGCUCAUCGACGCGCACUUGCUCGCUCUUCGCUCGCUACUCCUCAGUCGCGCUUCUGCGGCGCUUGGCGGCUCCGAUGCGCUCGGCAGGCAACUCGAGCAUUUCCACCAGCACACCAGCCUUGCGCCACAGCGGCGCGGCCCAGCAGACACCUCCGGCGAUGCCGACCCGGCACGGCGCGCGGCUCUCGCGGCCGUGGUCCACGAGCUGAGCAGCAUGGCCCUCUCGUCGGCCACGCGGUCCAACGGAGCGGCGGCGAACGCCCUCCAGGCACGCACGCAGGCCAAGGAAGCACGCGAGCGCGGCGCGUCGUACUGCGCAGCCAGCCGACCGGCGGCCCUUCGCGCCCGGGCGGCCUUGCGCGUGCGCUGAGGCAUUGCUCGACAACCCUAGACAUCAUCGAUACCACCUGCAAUCAAGCACAAACACGAU